AUGCGAAAUGAAACGGUUGGGCUAAGAAUUGAAGAACAUCUGAAAGUAUGUAAAAGCGAACUUUCAGGUAGAGAUGUACUGAAAUGGCUCCGAAGAAACAACGAGUUACAAUUCACCAGCCGGCAGUGCAGCUUAGUAGAUCAUAUCCACAAGCAAACAGCUGAUGAAAAAGAUAUGAAAACGAGUAAAUCACAAAGCUUUGAACUUACCGUCAACAUCUUAGCAUGAGUAGCAUCUUCUGUCAAAAUCGUAGCAAACUGUACUAAACGCAGGAAAUUGAUCAUAGUUUGAGGCGAUUUUCUAUUUGAUACCGUGUUUCUUAGCUCCAGAAUCACUUGUUCAAUCGUGGAUGGUGGUAAAGAGGACAGGAGAGUGCAUGGUGUCCAUAGGUCGCAUGGAUGUGCCUGUAGGGCUCGAAGGCAGAUAUUGCGAACGCAAACUCGUAGCCCGACAUCGGUUCCUGUUUGGUGGUCUUUCCACCAAGGUAACGAUGCAGCAUAAACGUGAGCUUGGAAUUCCAAUAGAUCUUGAUUUGACAGCGAAAGGAAGUUGAACAGAUCAUUCCACCUUGCUGCCUGUUCCACGUAAAGGGCUUCCUUCGUCUCGUCAUCUAGUUUCUCUGUUCCAACUGCGCUUUGCGCCACAGAAGCAAUGUGAGCAAUUGCUUCCAUUCUCGCAAAUAGAGGCCCUUCAUUGCGCAUAUUGUAUACACCAACACGACGACGUACACCAUAAAUGCGCCGCUCUUCAUUUAAGGUGUCAUCUUUGCUUUUUGAUUGCUCUGUAGAGCUGCUGUCACUAGUGGUGUCAUCUAACAUGCACUGCUUGACAACUUGAAGGAAAAUGCCAACGUAUCCGUGCAUUCUAGCAACUGCUUCUUGCAGACUUAAGGAGUGCUCGGUGAUUGGCUCCAGAAUCGGCAGGACUCUCGACAAAAUGACAAUCGAGUCAACAGUCUGGAGUAAAGAUAAUUAUGAACGAAUUAAAAGGAACAAUUAA